CGUGCGACGAAACCUAGUUUUCUUCUGAAAAUUUUCAACAAAAUAAGCAGAUAAUCAAAUUAAGUGCAACUAAACUAAACGACCAACAGUGCAAUAGUGAUCCCGAAAUGGAAGCAGAAACGCUCAAACGAUUGCUGGAUGGCAACCAGCCCGCCCUGGGCGAGGCUCUGGCUCAGUUCAACAAACACAACGCUCAGGUUUUUAGCUUCUCUAAUUUGACCACCACGGGGCAGUGGACGGUUCUGUGGAACCGACUGUUCGAGUAUCUCCGCGAGCAGCCCGAAGCGGUUGCUCCUGGUUCCUGGUUGGCGGAUUGUUUGAUGGCCGUUAAAAUCCUUUGCCGUGAUAAAACCUAUCUGAACGAGGUUGUUCGGGCGGAACAGUUGGACUGUUUGCUUGAGCUGGCCGGAAUUGGGGACGCCGCGAGGAGCGAUACUGCUCGUAAAGUGUCCGAGGAUGUUCAGGUCGAAGCGCUGAAGUGUUUGAGUAAUUUGAUCUUUCAAAGUCGGAAGUGUCAGGAAUUGUGUUUGAAUAAUUCUUCCACUGAGGGGAUUCUCAAGCGGAUAAAGACGUACAAGGACGAAAGCGUAAGCUACGAUAUUCGAUACUUUGAUAUGAAGGUGCUGUUUCUACUGACGGCAAUUAACUGUGAUAUUCGUACGAAAGUACGAGAUGAGCUGCAUGGGUUGACAUAUCUGAUAGAAACGUUGCAUCUUUUCAUGAAUCAAGCAUCGGAAGCCAAGGAAUUUAGCGAUAAGGAUCUUGAACUCAUCAACGAAGUGUUAAAGAUUCUGUUUAACUUAGCAGAUCGUACUGCUUCCAAAACCGUACCGGAAGAGGAAGAUGCGACCCAGUUCCAUCGACUGGUAAUAGUUAUUCACGAUUUGUUUUUUUAUCGUACCCUAAACCGCGACAAGAUUGUAUCACUUCACUCGAAUAUCGUAAAUCUUUUGACUAGUAUUCCGGUUAGCUGUUAUAAUGAGCUGACAACUCCACUGAAUGGUGAUGAAUCGACAAGCAAAACUUGUGUUCCAUUUGAAGGUAGAAACGUGUUUGUUCUAAGCGUUUUAGUUGAAUUUCUGCGAAAACAUUUGCCGAUGGCGGAGAAAAAAUCCCAACAGUACGAACUGCUGUCGCCUAUUUUGACGGUAUUGAUUAAAGCUGUUGGAGCUUCCGGUCUUAACCGACGAUAUAUUCGGUCGGUAAUACUGCCACCGCUAGUGAAUGUCAUGGAUCGACCGGAAGUAGGCGACGAAUUGCGGAAUCACCUCUGCUCCUUGCUGACCAGUCCGUGCACUCAAAUCGCGUACCUUUCAGCUGAACUGUUGUUUGUUCUGUGCAAGGAAAACGUCGGCCGGAUGAUCAAAUAUACCGGCUAUGGAAAUGCGGCCGGUUUAUUCGCUAACCGUGGACUGCUCGGAGGUCGACAGGGAAAUACCGAGCAGUAUUCGUCCGACUCCGAGGACAGCGACACGGAAGAGUACAAACAAAUUCAGCAUGCCAUAAAUCCGGUACUCGGUUGCUACGAGCCACCGAAGCCGAACCCACUGGAAGGGAUGUCCGACGAGCAGAAAGAGCAUGAAGCCAUGAAACUGGUGGCCCUGAUGGACCAGCUGCAGCGGCAGGGCAUCGUGCAGCCAUGCAAAAUUGGCGCAGAUGGACGUCCCCAACCGGUGGAGCAUAUCCUGGAGCUGCAGGACGAAAUUCCCGAACAGCAGCGGGAUCAUAAGCGCAAAACCUAGACGGACUUCAAUCACGUCCGAAUGGUUUCAAUGUCUAGUCGUGUUUUGUGCAUAAUCCGGUGUGGAUGAAGCGUUCAUUCCGUUUGAAUUUAGGUAGAAAAUGUUUUCUAAACUUCGUCUUAAUCCGACAAAAUUAACUUAUACCUUAGUGUUUCUAAGCUUUGAAGUAUUUCGUUGUAUCUAUCAAUGUUGUAGACUGCCCCUAGUUUGCGCGUAUCCGUUUACCUUGUAGAUUCUAUGAAAAAUGCUGUACGUGUUCGAAAUUUUAAAUUUAGUUGACUAGAAUUAGUC